AUGCGCACGCUGCCAUUCCCAUUACCGGGAAAGAGGCCAUUUCCCCUUAUUGCUGCAGCGCUAGACACGGGUGAAUCACAGUUGAAGCAAAGCCCACCACUCGAAGCUUUUAGGCCAAGGCGGAGUUCUUUGCUGCUUUUGGCAAGAGCUGUCGCUCUCUAUCCAGAUGACUCUGUAACGGUCAGAUCCUUAAAAUUAGGUGUUAUAAUCAAGGAAUCACAUGCAGGGAAUCGAGCUGCUGCCUUACUGAGUCUUAUGGCUCCAAAGAGGCCGUUCCACACCCCACACCCACACCCACACCCACAGCUGAAGUCCGAUAUUUCGGACCGUUGGUGCGAAGUAACGUAA